CCUUACGGGGUCUCCCCACCCUCGUUUUCGGGGAGCUUAGUCUAGUAUUCGCUUUCAUUAAAGUUCUGCAGCGUUUGGACGUUAGCUUCUAUCUGCGCCACAAUGGCGCUGGAGGCAGGGUCGUUGACCAUAACGGUUGAGUAUGCCAAGGAUCUGAAAGACAAGGACUGGUUUGGCAAGCAGGAUCCUUACUGCAUUCUGACUGUGGGCGGCCAAAAGUUCCGUACGAAGACUCACACGGAUGGCGGCAAGAACCCGGUGUGGAACGAGACCUUCCGGUUCAACAUCAUCAACGACAACAACCUGGACCUCACCAUCUACGACAGCGAUGUGGGUCGGGAUGACCUCAUUGGAACCACCGUGGUGUCGCUGGCAAAGGUCCGUGAGCAUGGCUCCGACUACCAGCAGUGUCCGGUGCGCACCAAGUCCGGCAAGCAGCACGGCUUCGUGGCGGUGCGACUGGGCUUCACGCGCAACUCCGCCAUGAAGGCGGGCUACCCGCCCCAGGCCGCACCCGCACCCGGCUACCCGCCCCAGCCGGCGCCCAUGCCCGGCUACCCGGCCCCAGCGCCCCCAGCGCACGGGUAUCCGCCUCCCGCCGGUUACCCGCCCCCUGCGGGCUACCCGGCCCCAGCACCCGGCUACCCGCCCCAGGCCCCUCCUCCGCCCGCCGGCUACCCACCUCCUCACGGGGCCCCGGCCGGCUACCCACCUCCUCACGGGGCCCUGGCCGGCUAUCCGCCCCCUGGCGGCUACCCUCCUCCAGCGUACGGCGCCUACCCGCCGCCAGCUGGCUACCCGCCGGCGCCUGCUGGCUACCCGCCACACGCCUACGGAGCCCCGCCGCCCGCAGCUUACGGCCACGCCUCCGCGGGCAUGUACGGCCUGGGUGCUGCUGGCGGGCUGGCAGUGCACCUGACGGGAGUGCCGCCGGGCAUGGGCCACCUGGGUCACCACCACCACCACCACAAGCACAAGCACAAGAAGAAGAAGGGCUUCAAGGGCUUCUUCAAGUUCUAAGUGGACAAGCUAGCGCGCCUGCUUGCGAGCGGAUGGCUGCUGCUGCAGGCUCUGUACGAGCGCGCACAAACUGGAGCGUCGCUGCUGUAUGGAGUGGUUCGUAACGGCGUUCUGCGCGUAAGGCUGACCAGCGUUGUGACCCCAGGGCGUAUGGCGGUAUGGGCGUGCAUGGGUGGGUGCUGCCAGUGGAGCAGUAGGCGGAAGUCGUGUGACAUCACAUGGAUGUGAUCUUGGUUUGGGGUUUGUAGAGAUCCCGGGACGUGGCUGUUGCGGCUGUGAAGUGGGGACCUGGCUGUACGAUGAUCAUAAAAUAAUGGAAUCGUGGGCUUCAAACCUGCCACAGUGCUACAGGUACUUAUUGAAGAUUGAAAUUGAUGUGAUUGCUUGGAAGCAGUGAACAUGCAGAACCCAUAUAGCUAUUUGCUGUUGGCUAUUCGUACAUGCCGGCUGUGACCACACCUGUUGUAUGUUCCCACUCGAGGCCAGUCUUCUGAACACACAUGCUGUUGUGUGGAUGAAUGACCGUUAUCAACAGUGCCGGUGUCUGUCGUAUGUACGAUGUACGGCUCGUACUGCUAUCUGCGCCCCGCAUGUAUGCCAGCAGGUUCCCUAACAAGAGCAUCUAACAACCCAUCCCGAUGAGGCGUUGUAAACCGAGUGUGCACCUCCAA